CGGGCCGCGCCGCCCGGGCUGCGGGCGGGUCCCGGGUAGCUGGGUCCCCGGACGGCGAGCGGUGCGGCGCGCGCGGGCGGUCCCGGAGGAGGCCCGGAGAUGUCCUGUGUGCGCCGCCUCCUGCUCACAUCCCUGUUCCCGGCCCUCCUGCUUCACGGGCUGGGAGAGGGCUCUGCUCUCCUUCAUCCGGACAGCAGGACCCAUCCCAGGUCCUUAGAGAAAAGCGCCUGGCGGGCCUUCAAGGAAUCCCAGUGUCAUCACAUGCUCAAACACCUCCACAAUGGAGCCAGGAUCACCGUGCAGAUGCCACCAGCCAUCGAGGGCCACUGGGUGUCCACCGGCUGUGAGGUGCGGUCAGGCCCCGAGUUUAUCACCAGGUCCUACCGAUUCUACCACAACAACACAUUCAAGGCCUACCAGUUCUACUACGGCGGCAACCGCUGCACCAGCCCCACCUACACGUUGGUGGUCCGCGGCAAGAUCCGCCUGCGCCAGGCCUCCUGGAUCAUCCGCGGCGGCACCGAGGCUGACUACCAGCUGCACCGCGUGCAGGUCGUGUGCCACUCGGAAGCUGUGGCCGAGCAGCUGGGGCAGCUGGUCAACCACACGUGCCCCGGCUUUGUGCCUGCCGGGGGCGCCUGGGUGCAGGACGUGCCCUACGACCUGUGGCGGGAGGAGGGCGGGCGCGAGUGCACCCGGGCCGUGAACUUCGCCAUGCAUGAGCUGCAGCUGGUGCGCGUGGAGAAGCAGCACCUGCCACACAGCCUGGACCGCCUGGUGGAGGAGCUCUUCCUCGGGGACGUGCACACUGACACCGCCCAGAGGAUGUUCUACCGGCCGUCCAGUUAUCAGCCGCCGCUGCAGAACGCCAAGAACCACGACCACGCCUGCGUCGCCUGCCGCAUCAUCCACCGCUCGGACGAGCACCGGCCGCCCCUGCUGCCCCCCAAGGCGGACCUGACGGUGGGGCUGCACGGCGAGUGGGUGAGCCAGCGCUGCGAGGUGCGGCCCGAGGUCCUCUUCCUGACGCGCCACUUCAUCUUCCACGACAACAACCAUAGCUGGGAGGGACAUUACUACCACUACUCGGACCCCGUGUGCAAGCACCCCACCUUCACCCUCUACGCCAGGGGCCGCUACAGCCGCGGCGUGCACUCCGCCAGGGUCCUGGGCGGCACGGAGUUCGUGUUCAAAGUGAACCACAUGAAGGUCACCCCCAUGGACGCGGCCACAGCCUCGCUCCUCAACGUCUUCAGCGGGAACGAGUGCGGGGCCGAGGGCUCCUGGCAGGUGGGCGUCCAGCAGGAUGUGACCCACACCAAUGGCUGCGUGGCCCUGGGCAUCAGGCUGCCUCACACGGAGUACGAGAUCUUCAAGAUGGAGCGGGACACCCGCGGCCGCUACCUGCUGUUCAACGGCCAGAGACCCAGUGACGGUUCCAGCCCGGACCGGCCCGAGAAGAGAGCCACGUCUUACCAGAUGCCCCUGGUGCAGUGCGCCUCGUCGGCGCCCAGGCCUGAGGACUUCUCUGAGGACCCCGGGGGGCAUGGGCACCGCAGCUGGGCCCCCGGGAGCAGCCCAGGUCCCCUGCUGCUGGCCGGGCUCACCGGCCUCUGGACUCUGUCACCCUGGCUCGGCCUCGGCUAGAAGUGCCAAGGGUGUGAUUUUUUUUUUUUUUUUCCACACCAGGAUGCCUUACAAUUUACAGACUUUAUGAAAAGAAGAGACACUUCUUCCUCAGAUGCACUUGAGCGGCUGAGAAUGGUGCUCCUUCCCGCCUGCCACCCCCACCCUCCAACCCGCCCAGCCUGAGUCAUGAGCUGUUUGAAGAUUCAGCUUUGAACUCCGUCCAGUUGGGUCCCGGGCCUGGGCGUCCUCACCAUAUAAUUGCACUUUAAGACCGCAGAGGGUUUCAGGCAAGCGUGUUGGCAGAGGCAGCGGGGCAGGAGCUCCACCGUCUUCUUCCUUUCCAUCGUUGUGCGCUUCGGGGUGGAGCUCCGGCUUCAGCUUUUCCUGCUGCUUCUCUGCGGCUGCUUCCUGCUCCUGUGAACCUGCUUUGCUCUCUGAGUUCCCAGCCGGGGAUGCCGAGCAGAGUUGGUUGGGACUGUGAUCCAGACAAUUUUUUUUUACAUAAGGAAGAGACAGGGGAGCAGGAAAAGACAUGAGUGUAAGGGAACAACUGUGCCAGCCUUUCCGCAGAAAGAGGACAAAGCCACACUUUCAGAUGUUGAAAAGUAUCCGUAAUUAAAGUUUCAGAGUCACUUAAACAAUGGUCAUUUUAGCUUGUUGGGAAAGGAGGUGCCGGUCUGUGCUGGUCCCCAGUUGGCUACCGGACGCUCAUCACUCUUACCGCCCAGGCACGGGGUCUGGCCUCCUCUCUGGAGGACCCUGUCCUGGCUCACGUGGCGCCUGGAGCUUUACUCUGUCACCUCUGCCACUUCAAAGACUAAGACUCAGAGACCACGUGUGGGCACCACGGCCCUGGCUGUCCAGAGGAGGCAGUGGGGGCAUCCUAGCCGGGUCCCCAGAGACCAUUCACCCUGCUCAGGGUUCAGGCCGGGCUGACCCGGCUCUGCCACUGCAGAGAGUCUCAGGGCACCGUCGACAGAGUCUGUGAGGGUGCACGAGUCGCUGUGGCUUAUUAGGAAAUGUGCCUUCUGAACACCGAAGAUGGUGGCCAGGAGAGACCCAUGGAGGGAAGCGUGAGUCACCGAGAGAAAGCCCGGGCAUAACUAGAAGAUGGUGUGCAAACCAUGAUUGAGGUCAAGAGUCCCACCUGUACUUAAGAGCUGCCUUUAUGAGACGCUGUGGUGAUAAGUUAUAAGGGGGCAUGGGGGACCACAGUGCUGUGUCUUUAGAUGAUAUUUUACAUUGUGGUUGAGGGGGGUUAUUCCAGUGAAAGUACUAACUUAAUGUCUGCCCAGUUUAAUAAACAGAGAUAUCAGAGAUACUCCCACAAUAUACAUUUUACCUGUGGAUCUAUUUAAUUAACACUAAUGCUAUCUUUAAAGGAUAUAAUAAAAUUGUGUAAAAAAAAAAAAAACCAAACAUGUUCACUACAGAAUACCUCUGUGAUUUACUGUAAAAAUGUUGGAUUUAUAGUCACUCAUCUGGAUUCAGCUGUUCACACUGUUUAAAAGUACACUCCAUGUGUAUACACAUAUACACACCCAUAUGCACAUAUACCCCAAUACACAGGCUUUAAUGUGUAUAUAGUGUGUGAUAUGUGUGUGUCUUAGGGACGAGAUGACAUUCAUGUGGUCUUGUCACUUUCUGAUCUACUAUAAAUCAAGACAGAGAAUGACCAGUAUAAUUUAUUCACAAAUUA